AUGUUCGAAUCAAGCAUACUGAUCGGUGAACAGNNAAUCGUUGUCAUAACCUCUAUCGUGGUGGCUUCGACGGCCGCUGCUGUUUCGUCAAAGUUCGGAGCUUUCUCUCGAGUUGGUGGCAUUAUCGGAAGCAGCGUCUCAGCCACUUUCCUGAUCGUGCUUGGGAUCAUGAAUGUCUUCAUCCUAUACAAACUUAUCAAGCAGCUCCGCGAGAUCAUCAACUCUCCUGCAAACACACCCCAACCGGAAUUUCAGAUUGAAGGUGGCGGAUGUCUCUUUCGCGUUUUGAAGAGGAUGUUCAAACUUAUCGAUCGUGCCAUCUCUGCCAGUCAGGGAACGUCAUUCUGGCUCAUUCUCUUGUUCCCUGUUCUGUUCACCGCAGCAAAAGACACCAUCGCCGUGCUAUACUAUCAGGCUGUUCUCACUGGCGUCACGGUGCUCGUCGCUGUGGUUAUUGGCGUCAUCCAAUUCCUCGGUAUGCUACAGGGAGCCGCCAAUCUCGAGGGCGGAUUUUGGGAUGGCGUCGAAGUCGCAAGUGACAACUACGACAUCAUUGCAACGUUGGAGAAACACCUGGAGAACCAGAAGUUAUACAAGAGGAGGCCUCAGUACCGCAUGUCCGUUCUGACAGAAAAGGAGAUCGUGAAGUGUGAUCAAGCAAACGAGCGGGUAAACAUCUGCCUAGACUAUCUGUGA